AUGGUAGAAAAAAAAAGUGUUAUCAAGGGAAAUUUAGAGCAUAUGAAAGAUGCUUAUGACCCUAAGGACGUCGAACUAAAAUGGUAUAAAUUUUGGGAAGAAAAUGGCUACUUUAAGCCUAAAAAAGAGUUGAUAGAAAAUAAAGAUAAUGCAAAAAAGUUUGUUAUUGUGUUACCACCCCCUAAUAUUACGGGGACAUUGCAUAUUGGGCAUACAUUGACAGUAGCUAUUCAAGAUUCGUUAGUUAGAUAUAAAAGAAUGAAAAACUAUUUAACAUUAUAUGUACCCGGAACAGAUCAUGCAGGUAUAGCAACACAAACUGUUGUUGAAAAAAUGUUAUAUAAAAAAGAGAACAAAAUAAGACAUGAUUAUGGAAGGGAGGAAUUUGUAAAGAAAAUAUAUGAAUGGAAAGAUGUACAUGGAAAUAAAAUUAAUAACCAAAUAAAAAGUAUAGGAGCAUCAGUUGACUGGUCAAGAGAAUAUUUUACUAUGAAUGAAAAAUUAUCUAUGGCAGUAAAAGAGGCAUUUGUUCGAUUUUAUGAAGCCGGAUUAAUUUAUAGAGAUAAUCGAUUAGUAGCAUGGUGUCCACAUUUAAAAACUGCAUUAUCAGAUAUCGAAGUAAAUAAUGAAGAAAUUAAGAAACCAACAAAAGUAAAAAUUCCAUCUUUUAAUCAUUUAGUUGAAGUUGGUGUUUUAUAUAAAUUUUUUUAUCCAGUAAAAAAUAGUGAAGAAAAAAUUGAAAUCGCAACAACUCGUAUUGAAACAAUGUUAGGAGAUGUGGCUGUAGCUGUACAUCCAAAUGACAAAAGAUAUAAGCAUCUAAUAGGAAAAGAAUUAGAACAUCCAUUUAUUAAAGAUAGAAAAAUGAUAGUUAUUGCUGAUGAUUAUGUAGAUAUGGAAUAUGGUACUGGUGCUGUCAAAAUUACACCAGCUCACGAUAAAAAUGAUUAUGAGAUGAUGAAAAGGCACAAAUUAAAUUAUAUUAAUAUAUAUACAUUAGAUGGACAUAUUAAUAAAAAUGGUGGACCUUUAUUUGAAGGUUUACAUAGAUUUGAAUGCAGAUUUAAAAUUCAAGAAGAAUUAAAAAAAUUAAAUUUAUUGUCUGAUAAAAUACCAAAUCCUAUGACAUUACCAUUAUGUUCCCGAACAAAUGAUAUAAUUGAAUAUAUGCUCAUCCCACAAUGGUAUUUAAAUUGCUCCGAUUUAGCUAAAGAAUCCAUUGAUUAUGUUAAAAAAAAAGAACUUGUAAUUCUUCCUUCAUUACAUGUUAAUACAUGGUUUUAUUGGCUCGAAAAUGUUCGAGAUUGGUGUAUUUCUAGGCAAUUAUGGUGGGGCCAUCGUAUACCUGCUUAUAAAAUAAUAACUAAAAAUAAUACCAAAAAGGAAGAUCAAAUAAAUAGUAAUGAUAAUGAUCCAUGUGAACAAGAGGAUGAAAAAUGGGUUGUUGGACGAACUUAUGAAGAAUGCUUAGAAAAAGCAAAAAAAUUAGUUGAUGAAAAUACAGAAUUUGAAUUAGUACAAGAUGAAGAUGUAUUAGAUACAUGGUUUUCAUCUUCUUUAGUCCCAUUUAGUUCUUUAGGUUGGCCAGAAAAAACAAAAGAUUUAGAUUUAUUUUUCCCUAAUACCAUUUUAGAAACUGGACAAGAUAUACUAUUUUUUUGGGUUGCAAGAAUGGUUAUGGUUUCUAUACAUCUAAUGAAAAAAUUGCCAUUCAAUACAAUUUAUUUACAUGCUAUGAUUAGAGAUUCGAAAGGUGAAAAAAUGAGUAAAAGUAAAGGAAAUGUUGUUGACCCAUUAGAUAUUAUUAAUGGUAUAAGUUUACAAGACUUAAAUAAAAAAUUAUAUGAAGGAAAUCUGCCCGAAAAAGAAAUUAAAAGAGCUUUAGAAUUACAGAAAAAAGAAUUUCCAAAAGGAAUACCAGAAUGUGGAACAGAUGCAUUACGUUUUGGUUUAUUAACUUAUUUAAAACAAGGUAGAAAUGUAAAUCUAGAUAUUAAUAGAAUUGUUGGGUAUAGACAUUUUUGUAAUAAAUUAUGGAAUGCAAUUAAAUUUUUUCUAAAAUCAUUACCAAGUAAUUAUGAUGAUUCUAACAUUUUGCUAAAAAAUCCAGAAUAUGCUCAUUCAUUUAAUUGGGAAGAUAAAUGGAUAUUACAUCGAUUAAACAUGUAUAUUAAAAGUGCAAAUGAAAAUUUUGAAAAUUAUAACUUUUCAGAGGUUUCUUUUGCUUCAUAUAAUUUCUGGUUAUAUGAUUUAUGCGACAUAUAUCUCGAAUUAAUCAAAGGAAGACUUAAUGCAUAUUCAGAAGAAUGUCCACAUAAAAAAGUAGAAAGUGACAAGAGACAAGAUGAAAUAGCACAAGAUCAAACUUGUGGUGAAAAGGAUGGAAAAACAUGCCCAUACUCCAAGAAUAAUAAUAUAUCUAGCGGAUAUGCUGCUAACAAAACUCUUCAUAUAUGUAUUGAUUAUGGUCUCAGACUAUUACACCCAAUUUCUCCUUUUAUUACUGAAGAAUUAUAUCAAAAAAUUGCAGACAAAGAAUCCAAAUUUGAUUCUAUAUCUAUAGCUAGCUAUCCUGAAUUUAUAGAAGCAUGGGUUAAUGAAGAAAUAAAUGCAGAAAUGAAUGUAUUUAUGAAUAUUGUUAAGCAAUUUAGAUCUUUUAUAUCAAAUCUUGAUAUACCACCAAAAACUAAGUUAAAUUGCUUUAUUUCUGCAAAAAGUAGUAAAGAUAAAGAAUUUUUAGAAAAAGUAAAAAAUAAAAUACAAGUAUUAGCAAAAUUAAAUUCUUUAGAAAUUGUUAAUUAUGAUUUCCAAGAUUUAUCGGAUGAAUUAAAAAUACAAAUAAAAAAAUGUCUAAAAGAUAUUAUUUCUGAUAAAUUUAUUAUAUAUGUCCAAUCUACUGAAGAAUAUCUAAAACCUUUAUUAGCCAACAUGAUAAAUAAAAAUAAAAAAUUACAGAAUUCUUUAGAUUCAUAUUUAAAGAAAAUCAAAGAUCCCAAUUAUGAGCAAAAGGUACCUGAAGAAGUUAGAAAUAUGUACACCGAAAAAGUCGACCAACUAAAUUCACAAAUUGCCUCUGUUUCAAAUAUUAUUGAAGAAAUAAAUGAAUGUUUAAAGAAUGCUUAA